AUGCACGGCUUUGUCUUCCUGCUCAUCGCUUAUGCGGGCGGCGUGUUGCCCGGUGGUGCCCACCUCGGCCUGGACAACAGUUCGCGUCUGAACACGACCGCAUUUCCUGACGGAAAAGUGUCAAAGCACUACGCUGCAGCUGAGGACGAGCAUAAGCACGAUCAGGACGACGAGGAGAGGGCGAAUGAAACGUUUCUUCAAUCGAUGCGGCGAGUGGCAGAGAAGUUUACGUCAUUUGUACGCCCACCAGCGACAAACAACAUCCACUUGACAGCACAUGCGUCGACUGAGGAAUUUGAGAAGUGGCUUGCAAGAGGUUGCAUGAGUGAGAGACGAGGCUCUGACGGAGACAUCGAGACUAUAAAUUUUAUGCGGACAUCAUUUGGAGAGGAAAACACGAUCAGGUUUUUUCAUUGGCUUCGUGAUCGCGACGGAAUGCAACGUCGCGCUGACGUAUUACAACAAAGGCUUCUAGGGAGUGGCAGCGAAACUGCACACGAGAGUUUGCAGCGAUUGUGGCUGGAGAAGAUGAUGGAGCCUGAAGACGUGUUUGAGAUAGUGGACUCUUGGCAAGGCGGACUAACUCUGUGGCUCGAAUUCACUGAGCUAUACAGAAAGAUAAAGGGUGGCGAUAAAUUCUCGGUCGAAAGCACGCUCAAUUAUUUGAAUGAAGCUCAUGAGACCGAUGCCGUGUGGCUGUAUGGAGGUUUCUUUCAAGCGAUGAAGGAGAAUGUGUACCUGAAGUCACUGGGGCAAACAAUGGAAAAACUCCGUUUUGAUGAAUUGAUUCGUGAAGGGAUCACUCCCCUUGAAUUAUCGCGCCUCAUUACAUUGUCGGAAAACGAGAUGGAGGGAAUGCGUGGUCGUAGGCCCAAGAUUAGAAAAGCCAUGUUGGCUGCUUGGAAACCCGGCUACGAGGUCAUUGAAUUGCCGGCGGACUCGUCUUCGUUUCGCGCCUUAAAAGCAUACACCUUGCAAUACGUAGCCACUAAAUCUAUACAGGAAGUUGCGAGCGCGAAAAAAGUGUUCAGCAACGGUGAUCGGGACGCAAUUCGUGGUCUUUUGGAGAUGUUGGAGCAGCAACCGCAUGUAGACGGGAAGAACGGUUUAACGCCAAGCAGACAUUAUGGUGUUGAGUUUUAG